UUAUUCCGGUUUUUGAUCAGUUCAUAAUCUGUCGUUUUCAUACGCACAUCGUGUAAAUUGUUCUUUUCACAAUGUUGUUAAGAGUUUUAAUUGUUGUCGUCAUGUUUGUGUUAAUCUUCAAUGAAAAUGUCGAGGCUAACAGAAAAUUGGAUCGGCUCAAAGAUAAGAUAAACGAUCGCAUUGAAGACGGGUUAUUUAAGCUGCAUAAAUUGGGGUGCAAAAUUCGCAAACAUAAAGGGUGUGUUGGUCAUCCGAACCACCCAGGAAGUGUUAGUUCUACUUCUAGUUCACCACAAUUAAUAACAACACCAACAACUGUUAAAAUUCCACCUGUUGUUACAAUUAAAGACGAUUAUAAAAUUCACGAAGAUGAUAUACAUCUACCGUAUACGCCGGAUAUAGACAUAAGAAUUGGAGAAUGAUAAUGCACAAUUUGUGUUUUUUUAAGUAUUCUUCAGUUCCUUAAAUCGCAUUAAUUUUUGUCGCUUUGUAUUUUUUUGUAUUUUUUUAUGAUUUGAAAUAAAAAUUUAUUUUAAAACAUUUUCAA